GGCAAGAGAUGGGGCUGGGAGGGUUUGUGCCGCCCUACAUGGACCCGAACACCACCGGCGACGUCCUGUUCGGAGGCGUCAACUACGCCUCCGGCGGCGGCGGCAUACUCAACCAGACCGGAAGCAUCUUCGGUGGGCGUAUAAACCUGGAUGCGCAGAUUGACAACUACGCCAAGAACCGGCGCGACAUGAUGACACGGCGCGGGGAGGUGGCAGCGGUGAGCCGGCUGAGGGGCGCGCUCUUCUCGGUCACCAUGGGCUCCAACGACUUCAUCAACAACUACCUGGCCCCCAUCCUCUCCGCGCCGGAGCGCGCCGUGACGCCCCCGGAGACCUUCAUCAACGGCAUGAUCGCCAAGUACCGGCAGCAGCUCAUCAGGCUGUACCUUCUGGACGCCCGUAAGAUCGUGGUGGUGAACGUGGGGCCGAUCGGCUGCAUCCCUUACCUGAGGGACAUCAUGACGACCGGGGCCGGAGCCGGGGCCGGGGCGUGCGCCGAGUUCCCGAACCAGCUGGCCCAGUCCUUCAACCGCAAGCUGCGCGCCGUGGUGACCGAGCUGGGCGCCGGCCUCGGCGGCUCGCGCUUCGUCUACGCCGACGUCUACCGCAUCGUCUCCGACAUCAUCGCCAACUACAAGUCGCACGGGUUCGAGGUGGCGGACUCGGCGUGCUGCUACGUGGGCGGGCGGUUCGGCGGGCUGGCGCCCUGCGCGCCCGCGUCGAGCUACUGCGCGGACAGGUCCAAGUACGUGUUCUGGGACGCGUAUCACCCCAGCGACGCCGCCAACGCGCUCAUAGCCAGCCGCAUCCUCGACGGCGACCCGGCGGAUAUCUCCCCUGUCAACGUGCGCCACCUGGUCUUGGACGAUGCUUAG